AUGGCCACAGGUAAGCCCACGCCGAGCUGCCAAACAUGGACUUGGACUGUUUCUAACAACCGCCCAGGCCAACAGCGCCGUGCUGAUCGGCUAAACGAACGUCUUCGAGGCGCCCAACGCGCCGUAGUCGAAGACGAUUCCUUCAAUCUCGACAUCGCCGGCCUUAACAUUGCCGGAUCGACUCCCGCCGCUCCGUCAGCGCCCGCGCCUCCAGCACCCUCGGCGCGUCGCACACCAAACACAUCAGCCAAGAGGAAGAGACUAGAGAAUGACAUACCGCCUUCUGCACAGCCGCCAGGGAGCGCGCGCAGACGAUCACCGCGAUCCGCACCGAGAGACCCCUACGAUCUGCCCGACUCUUCUAAGGAAUCAGCCGCGCAGGUCACAACGGCUGAGGUGACCGAGGCGGAAGAGGAAGAGGAAGAACCUAUUGUUGACAAUGCAGAGGCGCCAGAACCUCAGAUACCGAGUCCAACCGAGGAGCCUCAAGACAACGAACCAGACAUUGCGCUACCGGUUCUACCAAACGAGAAUGCCUCUGGCUCGCCAGCCGUACCACGAUCAAGAGAGGGCGCUCAAGGCGGUGCCCACAGUCCUCCAGAUCGAAGACGAAACGUGCGCAUGAGCGAUGCCCUAUCCUCGACUACGCGACUACACGAUGGACUUUAUACGGAAGAAGAGGCACCACCCUCGUCCUCACCUCUGGUGCGCAAGGUUAGGCGCAGCGAAGGAGCUGCUUCUAUCCGAGCCAGAAUGUCUCGGCGACAGAGUUCAAGAGCUGCUGAGAAGGAGGAUGUGGACGAGCUUUCGCCCGACCGACCCACCGAUUAUAACCCUGCGGAUGAUGAACUCUCAGACACGAAUCCAGUGGAGGAGGAGCCGGAAGUUGAAGUUGAAGCGGCCGAAGCUGAGGAAACCGAGGAAGAACCUAUAGCGGAGGACGAAGUGCCAGAAGAGACUGAAAUCCGAGAAGAGGAAGUACCGGAAGACGCUGUGGCAGAGGAGAUUGACGAGGUGGAAGCCGCCAAGACCAUUGGAAGGAAGCGUCCUCGAAGAAGUCUACCCUCUCGCUCCCCUGAAGUAGAACUCUCCGAGGUUGUUGGGGAGGAGGAGGCCGAAGAGGAAGAGCCAGCACCAAAGCGACGUCGUGGACGACCAUCAAGAAGCCCCACCACACAGAAACAGCCGAUGACCAAGCCAAAGGUCAGUACGAGGGCAAAGGCUCGCGAUUCAGAGGCCAAGACGAUGGAAAAACAGGCCCGCAAGGCAAAGAAAGCCGCCAAGGACAGGCGCAUCAGUGACGGCACAGCUAUUGAGCUUACCGUGCAGAGAUGGGUCAACGCCAAGCAGUUUCGCCAAGGCGAUGGCAAGGAGGACCCUAUUGCGAGCGAAGUCCCGUUCCAAAAUCAAGAAGAAACCGUUGUGGAUGUGUUUGCGCAGGUGUGCUUGGAGGUGGUUGAGACUACGCUGGCCAAGCUUUACGAGACCAUGACUAGCACAGAAGACAAGGAGAAGAAGAAGGAAUGUCGCAUCAAGAUACGGGCUGUGGAUGCGUAUCGAGAGCAGUUGACGUUGCAGCUACUUCAGCUGGCCACUCAUCUAAAUGAUUGGCAUUCACUACGGAAACGAGUUCGCCUGAUUCAACGGGAGAAGCUGAAGUUAAGAGAGGAUAUUCUCCAGCUCAAGGCAGAACGGGAACAGGUGGCUCUUCGGAUGGACGCAGUGCGCAUCAAGCACGAAGAAGACACCAAAGAGUCAAAAUACCGCCUCGACACGUCUGCUAUCAUGCAUGAUGUAGACCUCGCGGUUGAACAGGGACGAGAUGCUCCCGAACUAUCACGCGCCCAAGAGAAAAAGGCCGAGCUGGCAAACCUCGAGCUACUUGUGGCGCGUAUCACAAACGAAGCCAGCUCUGCAAGCUCAGCAGGCGGGAUGCUCCAGCAGGUCAAGGAGUUUAACGCUUUCUUGGAACGGGCAGCAGUGGCACUAGAAUCAAGAUGA